AUGUCGUCGCUUAUCGAGGAUACGUACCACAAGAGUGUCAGCAAAUUGGCUAAAUCUACCAGUAAUUAUUCUCAGCUUGGGACAUUCGCUCCUUUCUGGACAGUGGUAAAGGCUGCAACGGACAAACUUGCCGCUUCACAUCAGAAACUAGUCCAGAAACUUCAAGAUAUUGUCAAAGACAUCCAUAAGUAUGGGGAUGAACAGCAUAAGAAACACAAGACUGUCAAGAUUGAAGUCCAAAGCACAGCGGAUGUGGUCAACAACAUUCAAAGGACGACAGAUCUUGUUGCCACGGCGAAGGAGCUUUACAACACAAGAUGCAUUGAGUUUGAGAAGCUGAAGAGGGAAGGCGUCACGGGUAAAGAGCUGGAGAAAGCAGAAACAAAAUAUAAGAAAACAUUGGAGGAGUAUAAAAAUCUGAUUGACAAGUAUGGUAACCUGAGAGAAGACUUUCAGAAGAAGAUGACAGAUACAUGUCAGAAAUUUGAAGCGUUAGAAGAGGCACACUUACAGCAACUCAAGGACUUCAUCAAGCAGUACAACAUUGCUGUCAAAGAUUGCCAUAACAGUGUACAAAAGGUGCAAAGAGAGUUCACAGAGCAGUGUGAGGAGCUAACAGAAGUCAAACUUAUCUCAAUGUUCUCUGAGUCCAAGGGAACGGGCAAAGGAAGACCAGUUUUAUUAGAGUUUGAAGAAUGCGAUGUAUCCAACAUCCCGAUGCCAGAUCCCGAAACGACAAAGAAGAAGAAAAAGGUGAAGAAAGCAAAGAAAAAGAAAGAGAAAGAUGGAGAGUCUCCUGGGAACUCUCCAGAUAUGAAAGUGACAAACAAUGCGAAAACCAUGAGCACAUCCACUGUUGCCACAACUACCACAACGGCUAACAACACUACAACUACUCCCACCUCCCCUACCACUUCUACAUCGACCCCCACCACAUUGGCCCCGCCCACGACCACGCCCACAACCACAUCGCCGGGGCAACCAUCUCAAGCACCCUCCUCCAGCCCAAGUGUGUAUUCUAUGGGAUCUUUCCGCGAUCUGUCGGUGACAACACCACAGGUUGACGAAGAAGGAUUCAGCAUCAAACCUGAGGAUAACAGAAUAGGUCACCAUCAUUUCGAUUCUGACUCUGAGAAGUCCGACUCGGAUUCUGACAGUGAAGACAGAACGAGACGGAUACGAGUGGAGAUCAAGCCUCGGGACGGCAACCUACCCAAGACGACAGCCACGGUGGACGAAAUCAAGAAGUCGCUCGGUGGUCUUACGUUAUCACCUCAACAGAAGCGGAGAGAAAAAACAAAUGGCGAUCUACAAGCCAGACGACAAACGGCAUUAAAUCGAAGCAGCAAUCAAUCCAAUUCUGCUGGCAACUUGUUAGACCUGGACCUUGACUUCUCCAGUCCGCCACGUAACCACACCAGCAACGCCACAACACCAGACAGCGCCUUGAGUCCUGACCUUUUCAGCAGCAGUUUCGGCGGAGACUCCUUCACGAGUCCCAGCCCGCAGACUCCGGUCGCCUCCUCGGGCAAAGAUACAGCCCGCCCUCACUCGGCAUGCAUUUUCAGAUAUUCUCGCGAUAUCGUACCUCGGCCGCGAUCGCACACGUCAAAUCUGCUCCAGAGUCCCACCACGUUGAGUGACGCGCUACCCCCUGCCCUACCGGCCAAGCAGAGACACAGCGUAGGAAGCACGUUCGCAGCAGCUGCAGCAGCAUCCUCCCAGAUCCCCAACAUCCCAGCCAGACCUCCAUCAAGACCUCAUAGUGGAAUGCAGUCCCCUAUCCCAGGCAGUGGUGAUAACCCUGCCCUGCCCCGCCAAGACAGCAACUCAUCCCUCUCCGGCCUCUCCCCUUUCAAUAGCCACGGUGUCAUUGGGGGUUCCAGGGGACCCAGCCCCCUCACACUAGGUAUGAAUGAUACUAUACCUAUAGCAGCCGCCUUCACCGAAUCUGUCAAUGCGUACUUCAAAGGCAACGACCAAUUCAAGUGCAUGGUGAAGAUCACUGGUGACCUGAUGCUAUCCUUCCCAGCAGGCAUCAUUCAAGCGUUGACCUGUAACCCCCAACCCGCCAUGCUUGCCUUCAGAGUGAAGAACACUCAUAGAUUAGAUGUUCUCCCGAAUAAACAACUCAUAUCAGUUGACGCUGCCCUGACGACGAGUGAGAGCACUGCCUAUGUCUUUAACAUGUCCAACCUUGUAACGUUAUUACGCCAUCAGGUAGAGAAGAACGCUGCAGCAUCGUACUUCAAUGUAGAUAUCCUGAAAUAUCAAGUAAAAGCAGACUCUGAAGGCAAGUCAACACCCCUUCAUCUGUGCAGCUACUGGAAGUGUGAUGCCACCACCACAGACCUGAGAGUGGACUAUGCCUACAACGCUAGCUCCAUGGACAAGGCCAAAUCUCUUACCAAUGUAUCACUCAUUGUACCGGUAGAUGGAGGCGUCAAAGUCAUGCAAUCAAAGCCACCGGCUACAUGGUCAUCAGAAAGCAAGAGAGUUCUUUGGAAGAUAGGCGAGAUCCCGCCCGGCGGUGAAUCCGGUACAUUACGAGCGAAGUUUGAGCUGGAGGAGGGGCCCAGUAAACCGGCUACGUUAGCAGUACAGUUCAGCAGUGAGGGCGCCACGCUGUCGGGCGCAGAUAUUGAACUGCUUAACACCUUCUAUAGAUUGUCAUUAGUCAAGAAAAGGUUCUGUACAGGAAAAUAUUUGUCGGAGAGCUAACAGUUGAUGAAGGAGAUAUCAUCGUCGCGCUUGGGUACUUUAGUUGAACCAUAGCUGAGCUGUAUGCUACCUGAUAUUCUCAUCUAUCAUCAUAGAUGUUCAUAACCAAAUCAACAAACAGCAUCAAUUCCUAGUUGCAUCUAUGAUGUCUUGACAGUAGCUGCAAGAAUCUUCAAGAGUUGAAGGCAGAGUAGCUUGAAGAAGGAGAGGAAAGGGUACCCAUUUAUGAUUGAAUAAUACCUCAGUCACAUUUGCUCUACGGCGACCGUACGGCGAGUCGAAAACAGUUGUUUUAUUUCAUUUUUUUUUAAUACGAAAAUUGUCAGAUCUGCUUUUGGAUCGCGCUUGGGUACUUUAGUUGAACCAUAGCUGAGCUGUAUGCUACCUGAUAUUCUCAUCUAUCAUCAUAGAUGUUCUCAACCAAAUCAACAAACAGCAUCAAUUCCUAGUUGCAUCUAUGAUGUCUUGACAGUAGCUGCAAGAAUCUUCAAGAGUUGAAGGCAGAGUAGCUUGAAGAAGGAGAGGAAAGGGUACCCAUUUAUGAUUGAAUAAUACCUCAGUCACAUUUGCUCUACGGCGACCGUACGGCGAGUCGAAAACAGUUGUUUUAACAUUUUUUGUACCAGCUACAAAUAGGUGAUUUGAAUAAAAAUGAAGAAAACGGCUGUUUUCGACUCGGCGUAUGGCCGCCGUAGAGCAAAUGUGACUGAGGUAGUAAGGGUUACUUCUUUAAUACAGGCCAUUUCAUAACCUCAGUAUGAAUCUGUGGCUGUUGUGUACAUGAAAAAUUAUACAAAUUCGAUCUACACGACUAUAGAUCCGGGCCCUGUUCCUUCAUUCUUGGUGAUCGAUUGCACGGCUGAUUUUACGAUUGAUCAAACACUAUAUUGAACAAUGCAAUCAGUCAUAUAAAUCAGCCCCUUAAUCAAUCGCUAAGCAUUAUGUUGCAUGGUCCUGGCUAAGGCUUGUCACAGAUUUGAACACCUGUACUCUCAACCAGCUUUAUCUUAGUAACAUCUCUAUUUAACUUAUGAACUGCAGAUUCGACAUCUACGUCAAGGUUGCAUAUACAGAUCAAGUCCAUCAUUAUUUCAUCCUCCAAUUCUGCCAUUGUUAUCAUGAUUUUAGUUGCAUUUCAUGGUUGAAUAAAUAUUGGAUGCAACGAUUUGAUUCAAGAGCAUGGCAUGGAAACUACAUGUGUUCUGUGAAAAACUAAGUUAUAUCCCUUUGGCUAUACAGCCUAGAUGGAAAUUCUGUAAUUCCCAUUCACUUUGUAUGUAGACCAUCCACAUCCAGACGGCAACGGGUCAACAAGUCUCAUUUGUUGCUUGAUAUGGCUUGCAAUGCGUAAUAUUCCAUAAAUAAACUGACAACUAUUAUACAAUGUGUAGCUUCUCUGGAAAUCAGCUAAUGUACUCUUCGAUUUGAAGUGAAAUACGGUACAUGAAAAAUAUGAACUAUAUCAGAAAUAUGUUAGGUACUCUUGAUUUUUUUUUAAACUGAAUGUGCAAAUAUGUAUCAUACAAGAGUGAUUAAACAUUAUGUACAGCAUUUAUUUGUGAAUUGAAUGAAGUUACUGAAAAAUUGAUAUUCAUUAAUCCAUCAUGUACGCUAUUAUGUCAUUGACCAAAAUGUUGCAUUUAAGAGUUGUACAAAUUAAUGCAGAUUUCUAGAAAUUACAAAACAUUUAUGCCUUCAGCUGCUUAAAAGCAAAGCUUUGUAUCUAUAUGUGAGAUAAAUUAAGCUUUUUUUUUAGUUAGUUAGGUUCAAAUGCCUCUAAAAUAUCUUCUGUUCAUUUAUUGAUUUACAUCACUCUUUCAGAGAAUGUGUUUGAUAUAUGCACUGGUAAUGUUUCCCUGUUUUGUUUGCAGGUAUGUUUUUAAAAGAUUAUUUAUAUAUAUAUAAAUAAAAUGUAUAUGGAGAGAGUAAGUGAGUGAGAGAGAGAGAAAGAGAGAGAGAGAGAGCACAAGAGCAAAAAUCAUUUGUAAUCUAAUGAGGCAUUUAAAAGAUAAAUAUGAAUAUCAAUUUAAAUUUCAUAUUUUCUUUCUAGAUUAUUUCUUCGAACUAUCUCAGUUCGAUAAUUUUUACAGCAGUUUGUACUAGUUUAUAUUUUUUAGACAACUAGUUCUGACCAGAAGGUGAGCAUAAUUUUGAGGGAAAGGAAUAAAUAAUUUCUCUUUGAUUCAUGUGUUCCAUCAAUCAUUAUAGGAGUGGUGCACUAUAUAUCUCAGAGUUGUCGUACCAUAGCUUUGUAUACAUACUGGACGAAAGUAUGAAUACACCCUAUUGUGUAUGUAUAUUACUAAGCUGUUAUCGAGGGCAUGUUCACUUAUCAACUCAAAAGAUUUAAAAGUCAUUUCUUCACACUCUGUUGAAGCCUUGUAGUUCUUGGAAGGAAAAAAAGACUGAAAAUGCUGAAAUUUUCUAACAAAAUAUAACUGCCAAUUAUUGAGUCCAUAUGUAUUAUUAUGACUGUUUUGAAUCAAAAUGUAGUUGUAUAAUUUUUUGGUUGGUGAAUUUAUUAAUGAGUUUAGGUAGAAGGGUCACAAGUAGAUUUUCACCUGGUUGUUGUCAUGGUCAUUGGGAAAUUUCACAUAACGGACAAGACACUAGACAGUUUCAAUACAGAACACUUUAAAAUGUGUUAUAUGAGCAGUGAGGAAAACAGUAUCAUAACGCUGUAAUCGUUGCUGCUGCCACUAACGGUCGUAACUUCACCAGCAUCAUCAUCACUAUCAUCAUCAUCUCUACCAUUAUUAUCAUCAUCAUCAUCAUCAUAACUGUCAUUAUCUUCUUCAUAAUCAUCAAGAUCUUCAUUUCCAUUUGUCAUCAGUAUAGCAAUCAUCCUCUUCAUUUCCAUCUAUCUAUGUCAUCAUAACGAUAAUCAAAGCAGGAACAAAAGCUUCAUCAACAAUUAAAAGUUUGGGUGAAUUAAUUUAGAAAGUAUCCACAUUGAUGUGCUCUGUUUGUAAUGACAUUCUUGUCAAGAGGAAUUUAGAAUGUGUAAAGUUAUUCAAAUUACACCCCCCCCCCAAAAAAAAAAAGAGAGAGAGGAACGUUUUGAAGUAUAUAGCAUUCAGGGGCUGGCCCCUAAUGCAUGACAUGUUUGAACACUUUUUACACAACAAAAAUGAAUGUGUGGCGUUCUGUUGUUCGUUAUUAGCGGAGAGAGUAGGGUACAUGUGUCUUACGGAUGAUUUGACAUGUAGAACGAAGUGUUUUAAACAGGGACAAGUGUUUUGUUGAAUUUUGUCAAACUUGAAUGAAUGAUGCAAAUAUAUCUACAAUACACCUGUUAUAAUUUGGCAUGGGUCAUAAGGCUUUGUUUUUGUACCGCUUCCUUCCAGUUAUUUGAAGGCGAGACCAGUGAAAUUAAGAAAUAAGAAAGAACUUCAUUGUCAACAAUGACUGAAAAAUUACCACUUUAAUAAUUAAAUGUCUUUAUUUAUGAAUAUACUUUCUCAUGAUAUUUGAUUUCAAACAAACUUUUAAACAACCAAUUGAAAAUUAUAUAGCCAAGUUUGAUUUCUAAAUCAUAAUUACUCUGCUGGACAUCUGGGGCCCGUUUCAUAAAGAGUUACAACCUUGAUUUUGAUUGGCUGCUGAGCCCUGUUACCAUGGAAACUCUUUAUGGAACAGGCCCCUGGAAUUAAAGGGCCAUCUAAUGAUCUUGUGGCAAAAAGCGAAGAAUUGUAUUAGUUGUAAACCAAUAUGGUAGCACAAAUGUUACGGGUAGAUAAAUUCAAGCAUGGAAAUUGAGAAGUCCUCCAUAGUCUAAUAAACACCUCCUUCCUCCUAAUUAAUAUAUUCAGUUGUCAUAGAUUGUAAUACCAUUAAACCAGGGGCCUGUAUCACAAAGCUUAGCAAUGAUCGUAGAACAUUUUCCUACGACUGAUUCCAUUGACUACAAUGUACAAUCAAUCGUGAAAAUCAAGCAUACGAUUAAUUGCUAACCUUUGUGUUACGGGACCCAGGAGCAUGUUUUCUUUUGUACCUAAUCUUUAGAAUAUGGUCCAGCAUGGUCAAAUCAGUUUAAGAUAAACAAUUUUGAUACUUGCAUACAGGAAAGUGAAUGGAAUUUACAACCACUAAAUCCUCAAAGUAGCUUACUGACAUUAAAAAAAUGAUUUGAUAAUGUUGCCAGGACUAUGCAUAAUUGAACAUUGUUUUUUUUAUAUAACAUGGAAGUACCUAGACAAUAACUGAUUUUAUGUUUUCAGGUCCUUCGUAUUUGAUGUUAAGCAAUUUGAAUGACCCAGCUGCUAAUUGCUGGAAUACUCCCCAGGGAGUGGAGAUUGUUUAACAAUAUAUGGAGAGAAAGUCAGAAUCCUUAAGACUAAUAGCCCAUGUGCUAAUGACCUUUAAUAUCAACUGAUAUUCCAAAACAUGGAGAAGUCUUUUUGUGCAUUUAUAAGAUCAGGCACUCAUUAAGUAACUGAGGAGCCUCAUGGAUCACUUUUAGUAGUGAACAUGCCUUUUCACCUGUACCUCUACAUAGAGUAUAUGCAAAGAUUAAAUUUAAGUUAACUGUAUAUUUUACUCAGCCAUCUCGUAAUUUUUUUUUCAUCAUUUAUAAACAUCAUGUCUACUCCCGAUUCAUUCAAAACAGAAUUUAGUGCAUGUUGAAGGAGACUCAAUCUUAUCUUGUAAAGAAAUUUCAAGAAUUUAUGAAAAAUGUGCACCAUAAAUAUUGUAGUUGAAUUUCUUGUGAAGCAUGUAGGAGUUUGUCACGUUAGCUUGUAUCGGAUGAAAGAUGGGGGAUGUGACAGGGGAUUCCAAUAGGGGGGAGGCAAGUGGACUUCAUUUUUUUAAUCAAUUGAAUACAGGGGUAACACAAGGUUACACAGCCUAUACCUCUCUUUUAUGUCCUUUUCUCUAUCUUCACUUUUCUUACACCCUCCCCCCUUAUUUGCUACUUGAAAAAUAGACCAGCCCCCACGCCCUCCCCUCGUGGCACCACCCCUGAUAAAAGAUAUAAGCAGAGGAUAUCUGUCUCCAUGCAAUGGCUACUGACAAUAAGUGCACCUUGGAAUAGAUCAUCUCUUGAUGGACACCACUUCUUACAUGCCUGUUAUUAUCUUUUAAGGGAUGAUAUUUCUAUUUUGUUGAUAAUUCUUUUGCUUGAAGAUUGAAGAGGUAUAUGAAGGGGCUUUAACACUGGAAAGUUAUAGCUUUCAUUAUGCCAAUUUAGCGUGUAAUCAUAUUACUUUAUCUUUAGGAUUCAGAUCUUGUUUUCAAGAAAUAAUUUGUUGUUAUCAAAUGCCAACUUUGCUCACUUAAAAACACUCAUUUUUGCAAAGGGGUGGGGGCAAACUAUUGUAUAAAAAUGAUAUUUAGAUAUUGCACAACAAUUAUUUAUUUAGCUUAUUCUAUUUUUCAUGUAUUUUAAUUUGAAUCAUAUGAGGCUACAACUGCGGAGAGGUGGAAAUCCUUCAGCCAUUGGUAGUUGUAAUAUGUUGCCCCUAGCACUGGAAUGUUAACUUUAAAUGCCUCAUCAAGUUGUUUAAUAUGUAAUAGAAAUGUCAUUUAUUUUUACAAAUAUAUACUACAGCGUUACAUUAAAAAAUAUUUACAUACUACAAAUUAGGAAAUGGUAUUCAGUCAUAGAUAUAUUUAUCACAUUUAUUUCAACCUUCAUGUCCUUGCCUAAUUAUGCAUCCAUAUGCACAAAUUGAAGAAAAAAAGAAAAAUAUACAUCAAUCAAAUGAGUAAAGUUCCCGUUCAAAGUUUUAUAAUAAUGAUACUAUUCAAAUUUUAUAUAGUGCUUAAGACAAUAGCAUCAAAGUGCAUUUGUAUAAAAGGGGUGAUGAAUAUUUUUUUUCAGUAAUAGAUAUUUGGUGAUGAAAUUAUCUUUAAAAUGUAAGAAGUUGAUUUCUUAUGAGACAGUAAACAGGAAAACCAUUGCCUCUCACUUUCCAAUUUUUUUUCUUAACCACUAAAAUAUGUUAAGAUUUUGAUCAAAUUUUCUAUUUUCUUUACUGCUCGCUGGACUGUCACAUUAUAUGUAACAUAAUGGUGUAUAAUUCUGUAUUAGUAUACACAUUGUACAAAUGAUAUAUGAAUAUAAGAUUAUAGCAUUUUCUGUGUGUGUAUUUGAGAUCACACACACUAUAAUAUGUUUGUUAAAGUAUGUAUGUUAUAUGUAGAUGUAUGUCUGUGUGUAGCAUAAAUACACAGUGCAUUGAUUGAUUGAAUAAAGAUUCAAGCAAGCUCUUGGGUUUCUUAUACUAA